AUGGCCGACUAUCCCCCUAUGUAUAAUGCCUACGGCCAGCCUGUCGCAGAUUCCUCCGAUCCCAAUCGAAUGCAAUCGCCUCCUGCCGCCUUCCCUCCUGGUCCUUCUCCCCUUCAGCCCGGUGCUCCUUACGGGAGUCCGCCUCCGAAUCAGUGGUCCACCUACGGCGCUCCUCCCCCGCAACAACAAUACCAACAACAUCCGCAGCAACUACAACAACCCCCGCCGGCGCGCGGUCUCGCUCCUAGUCCGCAAUUCGGAUACAAUGCAGAUCCCCAGGCCGCCGUGAGUCCUCCCGUGGACCCCUCGAUGGCCGGAUUGGCGUCGCAGAUGAGUGGGUUGGGAAUCGUGGGUGAGGGCGGGGCCCGCGCCUCCAAGAAGAAGCAUCGUCAUGCCCACCACGACAUUGGCGGGGCCUCGUCGUCGGGCUCUGUCCCACAACAGAUGCCUGGCAUGGUGGCCCCCGAACCGACGUCGCAGUUCUUGAACACGGGGUUGAACCAGGCACCGCGGUCGGUUUCUCCGGCCGUUGGGGGCGUCAGUCCCGCCAUGGGCAUGCAACAACAACCGGGUUUCCCAGGAACGGGCGCGCCAGGUUCGGUGCCGACGCAGGGCAAGAUUGAUCCGGAGCAGAUCCCCAGCAUCCCUCGAUCUCGCGACCUCCCCGCCCAGUACUACUUCAACCAUGUCUACCCUACGAUGGAACGCCAUCUCCCUCCGCCGGCCGCCGUGCCCUUCGUGGCCCAUGACCAAGGCAAUUCGUCUCCCAAAUACGCCCGUCUCACUCUCAACAACAUCCCCUCCGCUUCCGACUUCCUCACCUCGACCGCGCUGCCGCUGGGAAUGAUCCUGCAGCCAUUGGCUCGUCAGGACCCGGGCGAACAGCCCGUCCCCGUGUUGGACUUUGGCGACGCUGGACCGCCGCGAUGCCGUCGAUGCCGUACCUACAUCAAUCCCUUCAUGAGCUUUCGAUCGGGCGGAAACAAGUUUGUCUGCAACAUGUGUACCUUCCCUAACGACGUGCCGCCCGAAUACUUUGCCCCCGUGGACCCGUCGGGGUCGCGCAUCGACCGCAUGCAACGUCCAGAAUUGAUGAUGGGAACCGUCGAAUUUGUGGUGCCCAAGGAAUACUGGAACAAGGAGCCCGUGGGAUUGCAGCUGUUGUUUAUGAUCGAUGUUAGCCAAGAGUCCAUCAACCGAGGGUUCUUGAAGGGGGCCUGCCGGGGUAUCCUGAACGCGCUCUACGACACGGAAAACACCGAGGAGGGCGAGUCGCCGCGACGAAUACCCGAGGGGGCCAAGAUCGGAAUUGUUACCUUUGACCGGGAGGUGCACUUCUACAACCUGAGUGCGCAACUCGACCGCGCGCAGAUGAUGGUCAUGACUGAUCUGCAGGAGCCGUUUGUCCCCUUGAGUGAUGGACUGUUUGUCGAUCCUUACGAAUCCAAGGAUGUGAUUACUUCUCUUCUGCAACAAAUCCCCACCAUUUUCUCCCACGUCAAGACGCCGGAGGUGGCGCUGCUGCCCGCGCUCAAUGCGGCGCUGUCUGCGCUGCAUGCGACCGGUGGAAAGGUCAUCGCCGCCGUGUCCAGCCUCCCCAACUCGGGUCCCGGCGCGCUGGUUAUGCGGGAAGAUCCCAAGGUACAUGGGACGGACGCGGAGCGGAAGCUCUUCACGACCGAGCAUGCCGACUGGCGAAAUGCGGCUGGCAAGCUGGCGGAGGCGGGCAUCGGCGUGGACUUGUUCAUGGCGGCGCCUGGCGGAACCUACGUGGAUGUGGCGACAGUUGGCCACAUUGCUGAAGUGACGGGCGGAGAGACGUUCUUCUACCCUAAUUUCCACGCGCCACGGGAUCUCCUGAAGUUGUCGCGAGAGAUCGCGCAUGCGGCCACUCGUGAGACCGGAUACCAGGCUCUGAUGAAGGUGCGCUGCUCGAACGGAUUGCAGGUGUCAGGAUACCACGGCAACUUCGUGCAACAUGCGCUGGGAGCGGACCUGGAGAUCGGGGCCAUCGACGCGGACAAGGCGAUCGGCGUUAUGUUCAGCUACGACGGCAAGCUGGAUCCCAAGCUGGACGCGCACUUCCAGGCGGCCCUGCUGUACACGUCGGCCAACGGACAGCGCCGGGUGCGCUGCAUCAACACGGUGGCGUCGGUCAACGAGGGCGGUUUGGAGACGAUGAAGUUUAUCGACCAGGAUGCUGUGGUCAGCAUCAUGGCCAAGGAGGCUGCGGCCAAAACGGUGGACAAGUCGCUCAAGGACAUCCGGGCCAGCGUCGCGGAAAAGACGGUGGAUAUCUUCAGUGGUUAUCGCAAGAUCUUCUCUGGAUCGCAUCCGCCGGGGCAACUGGUGUUGCCGGAGAACUUGAAGGAGUUUUCCAUGUACAUGUUGAGCUUGCUUAAGUCGCGAGCACUGAAGGGUGGACAAGAAGCAUCAGACCGAAGGAUCCACGACAUGCGCAUGCUCCGAUCGAUAGGAUGCACGGAGCUCUCGCUGUACUUGUAUCCGCGCAUCAUCCCCAUCCACAACAUGCAGCCCGAAGACGGGUUCCCCAACGAGCAGGGACAACUACAGGUGCCGCCGUCGCUGCGGGCCAGCUACUCCAAGAUCGAGGAGGGAGGCGCCUAUCUCGUCGACAACGGACAGGUGUGUCUACUGUGGUUGCACGCGCAGGUGUCACCCAACCUGCUCGAAGACCUAUUCGGCGAAGGCCACAACUCGCUGCAGGCGCUCAACCCGCAGACGUCGUCGAUCCCGCUACUGGAGACGCAUCUGAACGCGCAGGUGCGCAACCUGAUCCAGUACUUCUCGACGAUCCGGGGCUCCAAGGCCGUGACGAUCCAGCUGGCCCGCCAGGGUCUGGACGGCGCCGAGUACGAGUUCGCCCGCUUACUGCUGGAGGACCGCAACAACGAGGCGCAGAGCUACGUGGACUGGCUGGUCCACGUCCACCGACAAAUCAACCUGGAGCUGGCUGGACAUCGCAAGCGGGAGGAUGCCUCGGCCGACGCGUCCUUGACUAGUUUGGCCGGAUUACGGGCCCCGUAUUGGUAG